CUUGUGAGCUGCACCUGCAUGACUCUCAACAGAGCUGUCUUCAUGGUGCGGCUUCUUCACUUCAUUUUGUAGGAUGAAGAAUGUGGAGAUUUCUAAUUUGCCACUGCUUUUUGUGUUUGUACAAACCUGCUUAGCUCAGGCAGACUUUGCUCCCUAUUUCUACGACAAUGGCCCAUCCAGCAACAAUGGGAACCUGGCCCUGUUCAGCCUCUCUGAAGAUACCCCUGUUGGUACACAAAUCUAUCAACUCAAUGGCACAGAUCCUGAAGGCCAAGAGGUGAGGUAUGGUCUUUCCUUUGACCCAGGGUCAAAGGAGUACUUCAGGGUAGACCCAAAGUCGGGAAAUAUUACAUUAGUGGAAACAAUGGAUAGAGAGAAACAAGAUUCAGUUGAUGUUAAUAUCAGCAUCACAGAUGGAAGAAGCCAGGUUGUUGAACGAGUCACAAUAUUUGUAACGGAUGCAAAUGAUGAAAAGCCUGAAUUCCAAAACAUGCCUGCAAUCAUAGACGUGUUGGAAACAACUGAAUCUGGUAGAAGUAUCUACAAAGUAGAGGCUGUAGACAGAGACACGGGCUCUGGAGGCUCAGUUACCUACCAUCUCCAGUCACCACACUCCAGUUUGUUUACGGUUGACAUAAACAGCGGAGUCCUCCGUAUCAAAUCUGGACAAAUGUUGGAUUAUGAGAAAACAAAGACACACUUCGUUACUCUCAUUGCAAAGGAUGGGGGAGGCAGCUUGAAUGGCAAGGAACAAUUUAUGUCAUCCACUGCGACGCUCACCAUCAAUGUGAUUGAUGCACAAGACACUCCACCUUUUUUUAUCGGAACCCCCUACUUUGGCUAUGUUUACGAAAUCUCAGUGCCGGGAUCUGAAAUAUUUACAGUUAGUGCUGAAGAUGGAGAUGUGGGAAACCCAAAUCCAGUCAGUUAUUCAUUCGAAGAGGGUGAUGAUGGUGUAUUUAGCAUUAAUAAGACAAGCGGUUGCAUCUCCCUGCUGGUUGCUCCCAUUUAUCUGAAGAGAGAAGUCUUCAACAUUAAAGUCAGGGCAACAGAAAUAAGUCCAGAAGCCAAAGAUGUGGACUACGGAGUGACCACAGUGGUGAUACGUGUGGUGGAUUUAAAUAAUAAUCCCCCAACCUUUUAUGGGGAGAAUGGUCCACAGAAUAUGUUUGAGUUGACCAUGUACGAGCAUCCACCAGAGGGAGAAAUACUGCGGGGGCUGAAAAUCACAGUUAAUGACUCUGAUAAGGGUGCAAAUGCCAAAUUUAAUCUAAGAUUGAUUGGACCAGGGCGAAUGCUGCGAGCCGUCCCCCAGACUGUACUCAAUGAGGCCCAAGUAACAAUCUUAGUGGAGGACUCUGCUGCCAUGGACUAUGAGAAGCAUCACUUUCUGACAUACAAGCUGCUUGCAGUUGAGAUUGACACUCCAGAGAGAUUUAGCGCCACAGCACACAUCAUCAUUCACCUUCUGGAUACCAACGACAACGCUCCCAAAUUUUCCUCGGACUAUUACAUCGCCAGAAUUCCCGAAAACUCACCCGGCGGCUCAAAUGUGGUGUCAGUCACGGCUUUAGACCCAGACUCAGGACCGUGGGGUGAAGUCAAAUACUCUAUCUACGGAUCGGGGGCUGACAUGUUUCUGAUCCAGCCUACAUCCGGGAUCAUUUACACUCAGCCCUGGGCGAGUCUGGAUGCUGAGGUGAGAUCUAAAUAUAACUUCUAUGUGAAGGCAGAGGAUGCUGAGGGAAAGUACAGUCUGGCUGAAGUUUUUGUGACUGUGUUGGAUCUGAAUGACCAUCCGCCUGCUUUCAACGAUAACUUCCUGGAGAAGACAAUGGUGAUUGGAGCGCCAGUGAAAAUAGAAGCUGUGGACGACGACGCAGAAGUACCCAACAAUGUUAUCGAGUACGCCAUCAUGAAGGCCGAGCCAGACAACAACAUCUUUGACAUAGAUGCUGACACAGGAGAAAUCAAGUUAAAGUCCUACAUCAAGUCAAUGGCUAUCAUUCAGAAUAUUACCAAGAAGAGAGAUUGCAGUUGGUCCCUGGUAGUCCAGGCUCGUGACCGGGGUCAGCCGUCCUUCAGCACCACUGCAGUUGUCAAGAUCGACAUCACUGAAGCUACUCAACUGAAAGGGGGGCCUUUGGGAUCAUUUAUAGAGUUGAAUAGAAACAACUCAUUACAGAUCAUAGGUAUGCUCGUUGGUAUCAUUAGCCUUGUGGUCAUGGUCACAGUCAUCAUCUCCACCGCCACAUUCCUGCGUAACAAAAAGUCCAAUCGGAUCCUGCCCAACCGCAGAGUACGGAGAAGGCCGCCGAAACAGCCUUUCUGGAACUUCAAAAGCCCAUUUAAGUCAUCAGAGACCCCAAGAGAGGAUUUCACAGUCCAAGAGGAACAGGAAGAACCAGAGGAGGUUGUGAAUAAUGUCAACUACAACAACAAUUUUAGUACUGUUGUAAGACACUGGCCUCCACCGCCCUGCGCACCUUCUUUGCCCCCUCCGCUGCCCACCUAUGUACCAGGAGAACGACACUGGACCGUACCCACAGUCUCUGCAGUUGUGGUCCCCAAACCCAAAAAGAAGCCGACGAUAGACAGAAGGGACACUGUAAACAAAGCAUUAGUUUCAGAACUGAAGAUGAGACUGGAGCAGAAGAAGAUGGCAUCACAUUAUAACACGUAAAGAGAUUGUUAAGAUUUUGUCAAGUGAGCUUCAUUAUUGGUAAUAAUUCCUCUACCUGCCAUAGACAGAUGUCAUAUCGGAGAGUUUGUAGAACUUAGAAGGUAGCCUAAUUCAUUUUCAUUUUUGCAAAUCAGCUUAUAGUAAAACUGUUCAUACCUGUGGAAAUAAAUGCAAAAGCAGAGGUUAAAAAUCUGGUCAGCUGUUCAAGCCUUUAACAUAUACAAACUUUUUAUGACAGCCUCAUUAACAACACCGUGUUUGUAUCACCGUGAGCUCUGAGAAAUAUACAUUUUCCAAAUGAGGAAACCAGCCGAUCUUCCCACACUGUAUUUGUGAAAACAAGCAUUGUUUUUCUUCUUCUGCCCAAAGUUUUAAUUAGUUUUCUUUACCUGCCAUGUGUUUGGUUAUGUAACUAGAGAAGCCAAAAUCAUAGUAAAAAAAGUUACUGGUGGAGUUCUGUUGAAAGUACUUGUGGACCUCUAUUGGCAAGUUCCUAUGAAGAAAUUAAUGCAACAAUGCUUUGCAGAUAAGCAGAUAUUGAAGUGGAUCAGGAGGUAUAAAUUGGGCUCAUACCAUCACAUCUAGAUAAGGAGUAUUUUUUCUAUUUUCUACAAAGUCAAUAAUGUGGCAGCUUUUGGAUACAGGUGUAAAGGAAUUAUUAGUUAAUAAUCUCACUUCAAAAAGAUAAGCAAUCUCAACACAAGGUCCUUUUGGCAAGUCCAGUUUUCUGAGAAAUGUCUCGCUACUGCAGCCAGAUGAGAACAAGCUGCCACUCUUUACACUUUGUGAUGAGACUGAAAAUAUAUUGGCUUAUUUACACAGCUCAUUAACAGAGCUGUGUGUGUAUGUGUGUGUGCAUUGUUCUGUGUACAUGAAUGCAAGCUUUUAUAGGUUUGAAUAAGCUAAACUAAAAUAUGAACCUGUUUCAUUUCAUGUAUAUAAUGUGAAUUUUAUAAUACAAACUGCCAUAUGUAUUAUUGUUCUCAUUGAAAUCCUAAUUCUAAAUGAAUAAUCUUUUGUUGUUGUUGUUGUUGUUGUUGUUGUGGUUGAUCAAAUAAUCCCAUAAUUGUAAUAACUGAGCCCUUCUUUCUUUAAUGAUCUGUUAACUUUGACAAGACAUAUUUGACACAGCUUUUUGUUGGGAAUAUAUUGCUUGCUCAGCGUGCAAACAUCUUCCAAGAGAUUUUAUAGUCCUUCAACUCAUAAGGAUCAGGUAGAGGGAAGAAAGCCAGAGUGGUCAAACAAAGAAGGUCUUGAACAUUUUGUGCAGAUGUGAAGCACUGCAUUACCAUUAAUAUUCACAUUUGAUGUAUUUAUCACUUCAUGGUAUAAAUAUUUCAGGACAUAAAUUGUUUCUGUUAUUGUUCAAACAUUUAUGCUUUCAAUAAAAAAGUUAUUCCUUUCA